GAACCCGCCCCGUCGCCUCUUUGCGCACCUCCAGCACCCGCGCGCAACACGCACACGCACACGAUGGACGGCGUCUGGGCUCGCCUGAGCGGCAACGAGGCGGCGCAGGCUGUUGACAACAUGACGACGGGCGACGAGUCGGCGUUCAAGUUCCUGGACCUGACCAAGAAGCAGCGCCUGUACGGCUUUGGGAUCUGCCUCGUGACCGGCUUUGGCCUGUCGCUCCUCGGCGCCAUCCUGUUUGCGCUCGGGCAGGUGACGCUCUUUGCGAUCCUGUACGUCGUCGGCGCCAUCCUGUCGCUCGUCGGCACGGGCUUCUUGCUCGGGUUCAUGAAGCAGCUCAAGCUCAUGUGGGACCCGGUGCGGCGGUACGCGGCAGGGAUCUUCCUGCUGUGCAUCGCCCUCACGUUCGUAUUUGCGUUUGCGAUCGAAAUCGACGUCCUCGUCAUCGUGUUUGCCAUCUGCACCUACCUCGCCUACGCCUGGUACUCUCUCAGCUACAUCCCGUACGCGCGAGCGCUCGCCAAGAAGCUGUGGCCGUGGUGA